GACAAAAAUUCAGUCGUUCUCAUGACCGCCAUUACUCGCGUUCGUCCAAUGACCGCCAUUACUCGCGUUCCUCCAACUACGGUGGACGCUUUCGCCAUAAUGAUGGACGUGAUAACCCUUCAGUUUCCAGUUGUCUUGGAGUAUUUGGAAUGACUAAGAAUACAACAGAAGCUGAUCUCCGACGUAUUUUUGAAUAUUUUGGGCCAGUGGAAAGUGUGCAAAUUGUUUAUGAUAGAGUCUAUGGGGAUUCGAAGGGAUUUGGUUUUAUCUAUUUUCGGCGAACUAGAGAUGCAACAGAGGCGAGAGAGCACAUGUCUGAUGUUAAAAUAAAUGGAGUUCGUGUUAGGGUGGAUUAUUCGUUGACUAGUUAUGCUCUUGGACCUAAUCGUCAUUCCAAUAACUUUUCUAGAAGCGGUUCUUACUAUAAUCGCGGUUCUUCUUAUUAUAAUAAUGGCCGUUCGCGAUAUCAUGAUUAAUUUCUAAAUAUGGAGGAAAUUAAAAGGAUAGAAAAAUAUAUUUACUUUAAAUGCUCACGUUGAUCUCCCAAAAAAUUAUUUCUUGCCUUUUUUGCUGUCUAUUUAUUGUAAAAGGUUGUUGCUUCUAAUUAGUGGGAGGGUUGUCUUUUUAUUUGUUCCUUUCAAAGCGGGGGAGCCUUUCUAAAAAAAUUUUUUUGAAACCGAUUCUUCUAUAAAAAUUAUGCUGGACCAAACCCUCUAAAAAAAAAUUUUUUUUUUCUUAAAUCUAA